AUGGAGCAGAGGGUCAUCUUCAACGUUGUGAACUUCUCUAAGACCAAGAGCCUCUAUAGGGAUGGCAUGUCUCCUGUCGUCAAGUCCACCAGUCGGCCCAAAUGGUGUGGCAGGAGAAGCAGCCCGGUGCAGUGGGACUCGCACUCGUCUGCCAGCCUGCCUGCUGUAACCAUUGGGGCGAGGCAGCCCAACAGAGUGGCAUGA